CAUAUCUCAUAAGUUGGGCGAUUUGUAGAUAUCUGCGUGGCCUCGUGAUACCCCAUACCCGUAACUCGUAACUCGUAAUGAUCGUGUUGAGAAGAAUACCUACGUACCAUUACAUAUGUCAACAUUACAUACGAUAGAGCCGUAGCAAUGUCUUGCGACUAUGUAUAUGCGGUCGAUGGUCAUAUGAAUACCUACCUAUGUAAUUCAACCUGAAUAAGGCGGACAAACUGAAUCCGGUCGGGUGCCAAGGUAAGCCCAAUUCAUCGCGGGCGUCUCGUUACCUACGUCUCGUGAGAAGGUCUCCCAAAGGCCGUGUAUAUAAAUAAGAGUCGCCUCAUCGACCUCAUGGAAGAAUCUUUCAUCCUCACCACGAUCAACUUAUACAUAUACCUAGGUAUCUACCUACGACAAUAUAUAGAUCGAAUAAUCUAUAAUCACUAAUCAACCAACCAAUCACCAUGUACGCCAUCACCACCAUCGUCUCCGUCCUGGCCCUCGCCGCCAACCAAGUCCUCGCCUUUCCCGCCGAGCUGUUUCCCCGCCAGGGUUACGUUGCAAACUGCAAGACGACCUACUCCGUCGUAUCCGGCGAUACCUGCAACGCCAUCAUCAGCAAGUUCAACAACACCUUUACUCUGGACCAAUUCUACGCCAUGAACCCCCAAGUCGCCAAAGACUGCUCCAACCUGUACCCGGGCGAGCAAGUCUGCGUCGCCCUCUCCACCGAGCCCGUGUGCCCGGCUCCCACGCCCGCCGGCCUCGCCGCCAACUGCGACGCCUGCUACCACGUCGUCGAGGGCGACAACUGCUGGACCAUCACCCAGGCCUAUGGCAUCUCCCUCGACGACUUCCGCAAGUGGAACCCCAGCAUCGACGCCUCGUGCUCCAACCUCCAGCUCGGCUACAACUACUGCGUUGGCGUCAGCGCUUGAAAGCUACCUGAGUAAUAGAGAUAGGUAGAUGGUGAAGCGUAGCCGAGGUUUCGAGAGGAAGUCGAGUUACCUAUGAGUUAUGAGAAAAGAGCUUAGGAAUGAGUGAAUGAAUGGCUUUUACGACGAUUUUAUGAAUGAAUACUACUUUAGCUUAGUUUAACAGUCUUUUAAUUUCAAUAAUUCUUACUUUGGGCC